CCAUCCUUUGGAAAGCCCCAGAGUCAUUGCAUGUUUAGCUGAAUGAAAUCAAAGAGAUUUGUGGUGGGAGGGUUGUGUAGUUCAAUUGUAGCAAAUGCUUAGGACCCAGGGCAGCCACCUUUCAGUUCGGUAGUAAGCUCGCUCUACUCUGCACCCCAACAGUGGAAACCACCGCAACAGUUUGACUGCUUCCUGUGUAGUUGAGCACAGUCAUUUUCAACCAAUCAACAGGGCUUAAACCUGCUAUGUCAUUGAGCAUUAUUGAUUUCUAUUGAGGCGCUAAUACUUAAGUCUGUGACUGCAUGAACAGAAGUGACUCUUAAAAACCCUCUGGCUUAUUUUUGUUUUAUUUAUUUUAUUUUAUGCUAAGAAAAAAGAAUAUAUUAAAAUAUACUAUGUUUUUGAGAAUGUACCAUGUUAUACUGUGAUUUAACUGAGAUAUUUUAUUGUAUUCAAUUAUCAUUUGAAUUAUAUCAUUUAUCUAUAAAGAAAUAUAUAUGUACAAAUAAAUAUAUACAUAUAUAUACAUACAGGUAUAUAUAUAUAUUAGUUAAGUUUGGUAUAUUUGGAGGAAGUGUUAGAUGAAAUAGUUUUAAAUGUUUUAGCUUUGUAGCGAUUCUAGACACUGAAAUCAUUUUUGAAUUUCGAUUCCUCCUAUAUGACUGUGAAGACAUUAGUGCCUGUGACAAAAAAGACAAGUAAAAGUCUAAACUCUCUAUUCAUCUGUAUCUACUAUAGCUAUCAGUCUGUCACUCCUCUCGUACUACCUAGCAUUACUUUUCCACACUCGCUGCUUUUACACAUCAGUAUGUUUCUCUCACACAGUCUGCUGUCUCUUUUGCUUUCUGUAGCUCGUUCUGGUUUUCCUUAACAAGCGUUCUCCACCUCUCCUCUUUUAAAGUUUUAUCAUAUGGCGAUCACACCACUUUGUUAAUUAACCCGCCCAUUGACCUUUUUGCUGUUUUCCUUUGAUCACGUUCUUUUUGAAUCAGCUCAUUCCUCUGUCUGUCUCUCACUUAGCAAAAAACAGAGACCAGUAGAUACUGUGUUCUUGCUCCUUUUGACUGAUUGUUGAUGAUGAUGAUCAAUUAAUUGAUUGAUGAAAUAAUUAAUGAACAAUGUUACUAUUACUUAUGUGACUGAAGUGUGUAUCUGACGACCAUGCCACUGUAGCAAGUCUGGGCUGUACCACACCACCAGCGAGCAAAUGAGGCCACAGUUGCUAUGGUGUUGCCAUGGCAUUUUCAUGGCGUUGCCAUGGUGUCCUCCGCACCGCCACCACCUGGUGCCUGCUGGGUAAUAUAGCAUAAUGUCCUUCACUUUCUCCAAAGCACUGGUCAAAACCUGCUAUGCUCCUCUCUGCUCAGUCCCGACCUUAACCAGUGUAUGGGGAAACAUUCAAAAGCUCAUGUUGGAAGAGUGCUGAGGGGCAGCAUGGUGGUGAAGUGUCUGCUGUCUGUGCUGAUCUAGACUGGACUGGUUAGGCUUGAAGUGGAUAUGAUAAAGUCUUCAUAUCAUGUUGAUCUCCUAAUCUGUAAAUCAUCAGUUUGUGAUGCCCUGCAUGUAAUCCCAAAAGCUCCAUAUCACUGAUAGCCUCAAACCAGUCGGGACACAACUGUGUCUUUGCUUGUGUAUUUCUAGUAUUGAAUGUGUGUUUUAUGUUGAGAGGGUACAUUUACCGUAUUUGUAUUGCAUGAGCACUAAUCAUUUGAAAAAGCCCACUGCAGCAUGAUUCUGUGAUACUCUCCUUCACUCUCCCUCUGUUUUUUUCCCCUCCUGCUAUUUCUGAAAAACUCAUCCACUCACACUUUGCUGUGCAUGGAUAUUUAACACAAUGCGCACAUCACUCAGCCAAUGAUCCUCAUCUUCCUCUAGCCCUCGCUAAGCUGCAAUCUAAAGGAACGCCUCAAGUAGUCCCAUCAUCCCACACAGGCACACGUGUGGCUUCACAACACAAUGCUCGCCAGGCCACACACACUGAAACUACUCUAAUUUCUUGAAAACGCAGUCUUUUGUGUAAAAUUUGGUUCACAGAUUUGGUUAGCGGAGGAAGGUACAUUCACUGUUCUGCCUGUUUUGAGCUAUCCGUUUCUUCAGUUUGCGAUAUAGUCUUGCACUCUGCUUCGCACUGUCCUGCCUGUUCUGAUCCAUCAAUUCCUGUUUAGAGUAGUCAGGUUCAAUUUGUUUUACUUUGCUGACUUGCUCCUCUUUUGAUUUACCUUGUUGUCCUUAUCUGCUUUGAUUUAUCACAUUUACUGUCUGGUCAAAUUGUAUGUAUUGAACAGUCCAGUCCAGCCUAGUGCAGUGUGCUCCAGGCCAGUCUAGUUUCUGAGUUUGUAAGAGAUCCUGGUGCAGCCUCAAGCUCAUCCCCUCCCUCUAUUGGCCCGUUACCUGGGAAGCAAUACGUGUGGUGCUCCAGAAUUCAAACAGGGUCUUCAUUGGCUGAAUCGGCCAUGAAUUAUAUCACGGAAACACAGGAGUGCCACACGUUGUAAUCACCAGGUCUAGGGUCUGCAUGUUGCACCAUGAAAAGCUUACCCUACCACAGUGACAGGGCACAUAUACCCACAGAAACCAGUGUGUGUGUGUUUUCAGCAUUGUACAAGGCCCAGUUCUGCUCUAGUAACCUCGCCAACACUAUAGGCCUACUUACGGGUUCCUACGGCGGGUUGCUAGUAGGGUGAUGUCGCUCCUAGCCCAGACUGGUCUGGUCUAUGCCCUAAUUUAAAUGUGUUAGUUUAUUUGACAUUGUCUGUCUGGGGUGGGGCUGGAGGGUCAGUGCUGCACUUACUUCCUGAGAAUUGCUUCAUAAAAUAUGAUUCUCUUUAAUUAAUGCCAGUGGUGCUGUGUUUCCUUCCAAUUCUUUUGUCACGAUUGUGAUUAUAAAUAAGGGGCUUUGAGAUUGUGGCAUGCGGGCGUGUGUGUGUGUGUGUGUGCGGGUUUUCUCUUGUGACAGUAUUUUCCAUACAAGCUAUUAGCCAGUCAGAACUCCUUCAAAGUAAAUUUAUGGAGAGCUCAAAGAGUAGUUUCUUUGGCAUUCUGACAGGCAGUCCUCUGCGAAAGUGUGUGUGUGUGUGGGUGUGCAGCAUUUGUGUGUGUGUGUGUGCAGCAUUUGUGUGUGGGUGUGUGCGUGCGCAUGCCUGCUUGCAUAUAUUUCUCAGAAGUUUCUCGGUUCUUGUCAGACUUUUGCUUUGAUCUGGCCAGAGCUGACCUAACAUAAUUCACUUCUUUCACCCUCAAAGAGAGCAACAUACCUAACACUCUGCCUCAACUCUCAACGUCAGUCAACAGCGGCCGAGUCAGAGCCACCUGACCAGCCCUGUUUCUACUUCAACAAACAGAUGUUUCUGCUGAUCAGAACAGAAUUUUAAACAGACCUGACCCUAAUGCAGCUUCUCCCGAAGACAUCUAUAGACCUGUGUUGAAUGAUAUCUGCAUUGAUAGCCUUUAGGCUUUAUUUCUUUGUUUUGUUGUGGUUGUUUUGGGGUCAAAUAGAGGGGAAAACACAGAAAGACAAGUGACACUGCAUUUGAAAUAGUUUCAUCGUCCUUUGUGGAAGAUCUCUUGUCUGGUUCUCAAAGCUAUUUUUAAAUGUAUUCACAGUUACAACUUGGUUUUUUACACUGCGCAACCAAGCAUGACAAAACAUCUAAACAGUACCUGACACAUGAUAUUGUGCAAGAGUGUUGAUGGGGAUAUUAAAUAUGUUUUGUUCUGCUUCCUGUGUGCCUGCGAUCUUCUAAUUAGCCAUGCUUUGUCAGUGUGAUGGGCUAAUGGCUAAUUGCAUUGUGAGGCCUCUGUGUGUACAUGCAGUAAUUACUUAACGCUCUAAUAAGAUUGAGUUACAGGCAGUUGGAUCAUGGUCUCCCCAAACACUGAUCUGAGGUCAGUGUUAUGCUUUUCUCUCUAAUGGCUAUGAUGGGAGAGUGGAGGGGAUAAACUGAUCCUUGAUCUGCCAUGUGGGAUUUCUAUUACUCGCAUUGUGUUCUGUCAUUUAUCUUUGAGUCGGGCACAGUUAGAUGCCAGCAGUGAUUGAUUUGCUUUUGAGCUUUUUUAUGCAAAUAAAAUACAGGAAUGCAAUUUUUAUUUGAUUAAAUAUACAUUAUAUUUAGCGAAUGCUGCUCAGCUCUGCUUUUAUGUUGACGUUGUAAAAUAUGCAUGAUCUAGAUUGGUCAGUUGAUAAAUAACUGCGGCCAACACAGCUAUCUAUCUCUGUUCAACUCCUGCUCCAUUCUUUCCCCUUUCAUCUCCCUUCUCCUCCCUCCUACAGCACCUCGUCCUCAGUCACUUCUUCAUAGUCACACAAGCACACACACAGUACAGUGACUUAUGAACGGCGUGUGGGAAAUGAAUGGAAGGACUGCUGCGUCCUGGUGCAGCAGAUUGAUCCCGUACUGAUCUUCCACCGGGUCCCUGGGGAUUUGUAACGCAUGUCUGUGGUGCAGGGCUUAACAAUUUCUCUCACUCUCUUCCUGCUUUUGUUUCUCAUUCUGUCUCUCUCUCUCCAGCGACACCGGCGCCGUCUCUCACUAUGCAAUGCAGUGGCCCUUGCGCUCCUGCACCUCUCAUCCUCCAUCUCUCUCAGUAUUCUGCCAAUAACAAGUUCCUCUUCGUCUCUCUGUUUUGAUUUUCUUUCCAUUCUGAUUCCCCUGACUGGCUCUGUCAUUUCAUUUAUUCUGCGCUCUAUUCUAUCUCUGGUUAUCUCUUAACAUCAGUCUGUCCUUCCCUUUCAACUACAUUUUAUUGAUCAUUUCUCUAUUGUUGCUUUUGCUGAAUCUGUCGUCUUUCUUACAUAUGAUACAUCUGAGUUUUUACAAAUAUAUGUAUUGAAUUCCUAAAUCGACAUCAAUGUAUAUCUGCACACACUGUACUCACACACGUACAGUACAUGUGGAGGGGGAGCGCUGUUUCCCUUUCAUCAUGCGUGCAGCGCCGCAGGGUUCUACAACCCAUCGGCUUGAUCUCUGAAGUUGAAAAAAAAUAAUAAAAAAACAUGCAUCCUUUCAUCUCAUGUAUUUUUCCUCCAGCUUCACAGCUAAUCUCUCUUUUCUGCCAUUUUCACAUGAGCCACACUGGACCAUGACGAGGAACAAAUUAGCUAACUGACCCACAGCUUAUACCACACUGUUUGUCUUGUCUGUGUGUUUAUGUGAGAAUAAAUGCACAAACUUGUCUUUUGUUUCUGUCGCAAGUGUGUUUGUAUGUUAGCAUGCUUUUUUAUCACUCAUUCACAACAGGCAGUUAGAGCAGUUGUAACAAUCUGUGGCUGACUGAUUAGUUAUAAUGGUAAUAAACACAGAGUAUAUUUGUACAGUAAUUCAAAUACCAUUUUUUAUGUAAAUGCAUAUAUUUAUAGAUGUAAUAUUCGAGGAUUGUCAGAAUGUUAAGUGGAAAGAAUUAAUAGCUUUGUUUGCUAGCAGUCCUUACGAUAGAGCAUAUGCUGUAUGCUGUGGCCAAUAUGUUUGAAGCGACAUUACCACCACGUCUAGGACAACAUAAUUAUUCAUAUGACAUCCUUGUUUGCCUGUGUGUGUGUGUGUGUGUGUGUAAUGCCACCUACCCAAAGGGAAUUCAUCCUAGAAAACUGGGAUGAAGAUUAAGAUAUCCUCAGACAUUACCUUGUUCUCCGCUCGCCUCAUUAUCCAAUCGCCCCUCUUACCCUGAAUCUCCUGCCCUCCUGCUUUCAUCCUUCCCCCUGAGAACAUUUUGUUCACAACCUUCUCUUCCUCCCUGCAGAAGUAAGAAAGGUUUUGCAGCCUGCAGCUGAGGCUUUGAGUUCUUGUUAGUAUUUUGCACACAUACUGUGAAUAGUAAUACGUUACAGCUCACAUGCCCACUUUACUCAUGUUAGUUGAUGAUCUCUCGGCUUGGCCACGGUCCCAAACUCACAGCCAAGGCCUCGACCUUGGUAGAGACAGGAUCGGCCAAGCACAAAUCUUUAAUUUCUCUAGGUAGAAAAAAUAUAGUGGACAGAUAAAACCCAACUCUGUUAUGUAAAUAGAGAAAAGAAAAUAUAAAAAAAUCAUGAAAUAUUAAUAUCGUAAUCAAUAUUUUUUAUUUUAGAAACGGAUCACGUGAACUUGAACCCAGAGAAUUAAUACCUGAUUGCAGUUCCUUUCAGCUCUAUGGAGCGUUUCAGAGUCUUUCAGCCUCUUUGAGUUUUAUGGCCUGCAACUUAACUGUUGUUUCACCCUCAACGCUCUAAAAACCUUGUUUUCUGUUGCAGCUGGCAGCUGUUUUCUGGGGAAAAGACUCUCUGUACGCUACUUGUUAAGCACCAACAACACACCAAAACAGUUAGCAACUAGCUGGUAAGCAUAGUGGAACAUUUAGCAAUUAUAGAGCAAGAUAUUUGCCUCAGGAGUUAGUGGAGACAAAAACAGAGAUAAAAGGGAAGUCAAUAUUGGACUUAAAUUCAUCAUGUUGUCAGAAACACAACGCUAAAUGAAUGAUCAUGUUCAUCUGUUACUGUUGGAUGUCUAAAUAGGCAACUAAAUGAAAUUAGGCAAUACGCCCUAUACCAUUUUUGUCAUACAACGUGAACAACUGCAGAUGACUUGUACCUUGUGCACGUGCCGUGUUUGGUCAGUUAUUACAGGUUUAAAUUUAGAUUCUCAGCCCUCAUACCACUCUCUUAAAUGUUUGGAUGUUCCUCCUGAGCAAUCCACAAACCAAAAUACGUGACAUAAUCCGAUAGAUUUGAUUUAAUGUACACAAUUGUAGCUCAUUUGUCUGUAGGUUUUUCUAUUUUUGGAGUAUUUGUUGUUGCAAUGAGAGGCAGGUCAGCAGUAAAGUAAAUAUGGAGAGCAGGCUUAUUUGCUUCAGUACUGAGAGUUUGUAGGCCAUGUUGAAAGCCCUUGUCGCCUGCCAAAUGUCUCAUCUGACUGGCGUGGAGGUUUGUUGCUCUCUUCCAAAAACACAGCAGACCACUCUUCAUUAAAAAAAGCAAAUAGAAGCACACCCCAACAGAAAACCAAUACAAGCAAACAGAGCCAAUUGGUUCGGAAGAGACAAAUUUAACAGGCAGAUAUGAUUACCUCAGACACCACUUCUCGCCUGAUUCCACAAACAACAGUUAGGCAAGUCAAUUUACCUUAAUUUCAUUGGAGGAGAAAGAAAGCCGGCGAGCCAGGCAGGUUGAAGCCGGUGCUUGAUGCGAGUGAGCGUUCGUUAGACGAUAAUGGAUGCGUGUAAUUGGUGAAGUGCUAAAUGUUCCCCCAAAAAAGAUUCCAUUGAAGGAGGAUUUUCUGUUUCAUUAAGCCAUGGUCAGAAAUAAUAAGAUGGCCAUCUGUAGUCUAAACAAGAAUAAGACAGGGGGGCUGAUAAGGAAAGUGUUCCUGAUCAGAAAUGGUAGCAACAGCUUCCAGUCCUGUCAUAUAAUGGUGAUUAUUGUAAAGGUGGAGAGACAGAUUGUGGUGUGUCUUCUUCAUUGAUCUAUACUCAUUCUUCCCUUUUUCUGUUGUCAUCUCAUAUAUUUCAUUUUAUCUUCCCUUCUAUCCGUGUUUUGUAUCAUUUUCUUUCUGCUCUUAAUCAUGCAGGCCAAAUCUGUGUUUUUACAUUCUGCCGCUGCGUGUACGUCUUAACGUAUCACACACACCAGCUCGCUUCUAUGGCCCAGGAUCAAACACUGUAAAGCAUGCUCCGAUAGGCAUGCAAAUGCACACUGAUACACACUUAAGAUUCACAAGUGCUUACUCAUCACACCGUGUGGAGGGGAGACAUUGUGAGCAGUUUAUGUGCUUUGUUUUUCAAUGCACCGAUUACUGAGGAGUGCACGGUCUACAAGCUCAUAUUUCAGUGCCCCCUUUUCUCUCUCGCACUAUGUGAGGACAUCUUCCUCAUUUAUUUGUGACAACAGAACAAGGACAUGACUCAUCUAAGAUAAGAGUGAUGAAGAGGGGGAGUCUUAUGGGCCUGAAAAUUAAGACAUAAAUGGCGGUUCCAUAGAGGAAGGUCUGGUGACGGUUUGUGUGAAGGAAAGCCCCCUAUCAUUUCCAAUCAGCUGCUAGUUCAGCAUGACUAAUGCUGAAAUGACAUAUAUCAUUGUCUGAUAGGGCAUGUUCACACAGGUUUUUUUUUCAACACAUACAGUAAUAAUGACAGCGUCCAACACACACAGACUUUUGCAUGCUAGCUCACUCUUAUCUUGCUGGCUGACACCAUUUUGCUCUCUAACAAUCUUGCUAAUUAUAAUUGUUAAUUAAUUCUCUGCCAGUGUCCUCAUCAGGAGACUAAUAACCUACAUUUCCAUUAAUUAGACCUUCAACCCUUCGCUCCCUCUCUUAGUCUCUCCGUCCCACUACAAUCCACCCCUUCGUCCCCUGCCUGCCUGCUUCCCUGCUCCCGCCUGCUGCUCUCUUCUCCCAAGAUUGUCCAUAGAUCACGUGCACACAUGGAGUGUGAUUAAUUGUGUGUGUGUGUGUAUUACAUUGCAGGGACAGAAAUCUGUUCAAACAGACAUUAUAUAUAGGGACUCGACUACCCAAAGGGAAGUCAUUGAGUUUUAGGUUUAAAGGGAUAGUUUGACAUUUUGGGAAAUACACUUAGUCGCUUUCUUGCUGAGAGUUAGAUGAGAAGAUUGAUAACAUCCUCGUGUCUGUACGGUAAAUAUGAAGCUGGAGCCAGUAACUGGUUAGCUUAGCAUAAAUAUUAUGAAUAGCUAUCCAGGCUCCGUGCAAAGGUAAAAAAAAACAAAGAUUCUACCUUCUGGCACUCCUAAAACUCACUAAUUAGCACGUUGUAGUAGUCCAGGUCUCUGGUGGUUGCCUGGCAACUGGUCCUGGCCAAGAUUAAGUCUGGCACACAAUCCCCCCCCCCCCCUCCAAAAAAACAAACAGCAAACUGUUGUUUGUACACUUGAUUUUUGUAAGGAUUAAACAAACAGCGUAUCACAUGUUGAUCUGUGAGCUUUAGAGGUGCUGGUUGUCGUCGUUUGACAUUCAGACAGUGCCAGGCUGUUUCCCCUGCUUCCAGUCUUUAUGCUAAGCUAAGCUAACCAGCUGCUGGUAAUACAACACAAAUGUCGAUACAAAACAAGUUUCUGUGUGUCUUUGUGUAUGCGUGUGUGUCCUUGACAAUGUGAGGGCAAUCAAUGGACGAACAGGUCUUCCCUCUUGGAAACUACUCUUCCCAUCAGGCUUAGCUGACCUGGUUUCAGUCCACAGUGGAGCAGUGUCAUCAUGUCAACACUCUGAUCUCAAUUUUGAUCUCAGAACAAAUUUCAGAUUUAGUGAAUAUACUUUAACGGCGCUGAAACAGAAAAAAUUAACAGAGAUGUUUAUUUCGCAGGCCUGUUGAUCCUUCAUUCAUCUGGAUCUGCUGCAAACUCCAUGACUUUUAACCAUUUAUUCCCUGUUUCAGCUGUGCUUAACUAGCCUUUUGAUUUACUCUCCCCCCUCUGAAGCUCUCUUCUCUUUUCUUCCAGACUGGAUACUCUCUCUCUCUCUCCCCGUCCUUUCCUCCCUCCGUCUGGCACUAGAGGAAGUGAGAGACAGUUGGCGCUUGCUUGUCCAUACUGUAAGGGUGGUGGCAAAAUGGCAGCUUCUGUCUCAUCCGCCCUCCUUCCUGUAACUCCCUCACCCUCUCCUGAGAGAAGUAACCCAGAUUUCAAAAUGAAUCGCUGCCUGUUCCCCUCAAUCUGUCUCUCUCUCUCUAUUUCUCUCUCUCUCUUUCUCUCUCUCUCUUUCUCUCUCCUCUCUCUACUACUUCCACUGUCUCUCUUUCUCUUGCUACAUCUCUCGUCCUCUUCUUAGUAAAAAGAGAAUCAAUCUUGGAAAGAGAAUACCACCUCUCUAUUUCGUCCUCCUCCUCACCCUGCCUCUGGGUUAACGGAUAUAUACCACUUCACUCUUCUAUCUUUGGUUCCUCGAAAGCUUAAAUCUCUUGAAACGCUUGUUGCUUUCGCUUUUAGUUGUAAUAGGUCUUUUCUUCUUUUAAAAUUUUUGGCUGAUUCUUUUUCGACUUGCCACAGCACUACUUAUCUUGAUCUUUUCUCCACGACUUUCUCUUUUUUUUUGUUGAGGUAACCAGCUACAGGUGUGACACCUUAGCCUUUCUUUUGAAGUGAGCCACACAAGGAGAAGAAAGGGGGGAGGAAGAGAAAAAUCUGUCCUUUAGUCAAGCCUUUCCUCCAAAAUCACCACAAAUUCAGGCAUCAUGUCCACCCCGGUCUCCCCUCCCCCCUCCCUCUCCCUGUUGACACUGGCCUCCCCAACAUCAGGAACCUCCCCCGGUGCCUCCCCGCUGCCCUCGCUCCUCUCCCCUCCGGCCAGGGUGCCUGUGUUCCAGAGGAAGGGAGCGCUCAAACACAAGAGGAUUGUUGAGGUGAAAGACCACCAGUUCACAGCCCGCUUCUUCAAACAGCCCACCUUCUGCAGCCACUGCACCGACUUCAUCUGGGGCAUCGGCAAACAGGGAUUCCAAUGUCAAGUUUGCAGUUUCGUGGUUCACAAAAGAUGUCAUGAGUUUGUGACCUUCACUUGUCCUGGCUCUGUGGCGGGCCCCAAACCAGAUGACCUGAAGACUCAACACUUGUUUAAGGUCCACACUUACUCCAGUCCUACCUUCUGCGACCACUGUGGCUCGCUGCUGUAUGGACUCAUACACCAGGGCAUGCAAUGUGGCUGUUGUGACAUGAACGUCCAUCGACGGUGUGAGACCAGUGUUCCCAGUCUCUGUGGCCAAGACCACACAGAGAAAAGAGGUAGGAUCCACCUGACCAUCAGAGGAGAGCAGGAGGAUGUCUUUGUCACAGUGCGGGAGGCUCGUAACCUGAUGCCCAUGGAUCCAAACGGCCUGUCAGACCCGUACGUCAAACUGAAAUUGAUUCCAGACCCAAAGAGCCACAGCAAACAGAAAACCAAGACCGUCCGCUCAACACUCAAUCCCAUCUGGAAUGAGAGUUUCACCUUCUCAGUGCGCGGUCACCAGUGGGACAGGCGUCUGUCUGUGGAGGUGUGGGACUGGGACCGCACGUCUAGGAACGAUUUCAUGGGAGCGCUGUCAUUCGGAGUGAGUGAGAUCUUCAGGCGUCCUAUCAGUGGCUGGUUCAAACUGCUGGCCCAAGACGAGGGGGAGUACUACAACAUCCCCGUGCCAGACCCAGACCUGGAGGAGCCUCAGCCAGACGGCACAACACCAUCUCUGCCUCAAGCGCUACCUGCCGCGCUGUCUGAACCAUUCCCAGCGGCUCUGUCCCCGACCCCUUUACCAUCUUGCCCACCAGUCCACACCCCCGGCCCUGCCAAAGUCAAAGUGGGCAUCCUCGACUUCAACUUCCUCAUGGUGCUCGGCAAAGGCAGCUUUGGCAAGGUGCUUCUGGCAGAGGAGCGAGGCAGCGAGCGUCUGUUCGCCGUAAAAGUGUUGAAGAAAGACGUUCUCUUCCAGGACGAGGACACAGAGAGCGCUCUGGUGGAGAGGAGGGUUCUGGCGCUUUCCUCUCGCCCUCACUUCCUCACGUCUCUCUACUGCGCCUUCCAGACUGAGGACCGUCUGUAUUAUGUGAUGGAAUACGUCAACGGAGGAGACCUGAUGUUUCACAUUCAGAUAGUCGGCAAGUUCAAAGAGCCUCACGCAGCGUUUUAUGCAGCGGAGAUAGCGGUCGGCCUCUUCUUCCUCCACAGCAAUGGCAUCAUCUACAGGGAUCUAAAGCUGGAUAAUGUGCUGCUCGACAGCGAGGGCCACAUAAAGAUAGCUGACUUCGGGAUGUGCAGGGAGGGCAUGUUGGAGGGCGACACCACGCGCACCUUCUGUGGCACCCCUGACUACAUCGCCCCUGAGAUUGUGGCAUAUCAGCCCUAUGAUAAAGCAGUAGACUGGUGGUCCUAUGGAGUACUGCUGUAUGAAAUGCUGGCAGGACAGCCACCAUUUGAUGGCAUUGACGAGGAGGAGCUGUUUCAGUCCAUCAUGGAGCAGAGUGUGGUAUACCCAAAAAGUCUCACUCGUGAAGCGGUCUCUAUCUGCAAGGGACUCCUGACGAAGCACCCAGCCAAGCGUCUGGGUGGCGGAGAGGAUGCAGAGACAGAAAUCAGGGAGCAUCCGUUCUUCCGUUGGAUUGACUGGGACCGUCUGGAGAGACUGGAGAUCCAGGCGCCCUUCAAACCCAGAACUGGUGGAAGACAAGGAGAAAACUUCGACAACUUCUUCACAGCAGCUCCGUCAGCGCUCACUCCCUCUGACCCGGAUAUACUAGCAGCCAUCAACCCGGAAGACUUCCAGGGCUUCACCUUCCAAAACCCAGACUUUGCCCCCUCGCCACUCACGGCUGUUUGAAAAUGGCUUCCAAACCUGCUCCAACAACCCCUCCAAGUGUACCCAAACUACCCUGUUCAUCCACAUUAUAGUAGUUUUAUAACAAAGAAUUUGAACAUGAGAACUAGCGGCGAGUAUUAAAGACAGGUCUCAUAACCAAAUUCUGACGUUUACAAGAAAAUGCCAAGACACCUUUAUAUUCAUGCACUCUCUUUCAUGUAUGUAUUAUGUAUCGAUAGUCACAGAAUAUGUUGCAGCAAUGCAAACAAAGCCAGUAUUAUACUGUAGAUUUCCAUCUUAGAGUUUUUUGUAAGACAUCCCUUAACUUGAUAAACGAGUACUGUAGUAUGAACCUGAGAAAUGCAUGCAGUGUUUUUAGAAUGAAUUGCUCUGACACACUAGAUUUAUGUAGCUAUAGAUUUUCCAAGAAAAUAUACAUGUGUAACUUUAAAACCAAUUUAUCUCAAACUUUUGCCAUUACUUGGAUUGAAGUCAUCUGGUGAUGUGAGAAUUUUACAAAACAAUUACAAGUCAGCUACACAGGCCACAUAGCAGGCCACUUGUUAAUCAAUUUGUAGUUCAUAGACAUGAAUACAAAUGUUUCUUAGCAGGUUUAUUCCAGUAAAAUAUUAUGUUUGUACACAGUACAGUAAUUCAGCAUCAGAAGCACUCUGUGUCUUUCUAAAUAUCUAUCUCACUCUAUUUGUGUGUAAGUGUUGACACUUUGACUACGAUGCAAACUGAGCCAGUAGCCUUUCUUUUGCUUUUUUAGACUGGCAUCCUGUGGAAGAGCUUGGUCAGACCUGUGAGUUUAACGUCACACCGGUGACCUCAGAUGACCCACUGAUAUGCUGAAACAAUGCAGCCAUUUGACAGUUAAUGCAGGCUGCAGU